UUUCAGCAUGAAUGGGGUCAUGAAGGGCAGGUUCUGUUAGGCUGGUACAGUUGUUCGCAAAUAGAAAAGUAGUGAUAACUGGAAUCCCUGGCUUCAGUUCCCUUGCUUGGUUUCUUUUGCCUGCUUGAAACUGUUCUUCUUGGAUUUGUGUAACUAACUCUCAAUCAUUUAUGGAAUCUGUAAAGUUUUGACCUCCACCACCAGGCUACUGUUGAGUGUUUUGGGCUUCAAUGCCCUUUUUAUUUGUUAAUGAGUGGUCGGACUAAGUUUCAGCAACUGCUCGGAAAAAAUGAACUGGAGGCUAAAGAAGCUUGUAAUUGGCUGCGGGCUGCUGGAUUUCCGCAAUAUGCCCAGCUCUACGAAGCGGGACAGUUUCCUUUAGACAUCUCCUCUGUGAAAAAAGACCAUGGGUUUCUGGACCAGGAUUCACUGAAGUCACUAUGCAGGAGGCUGUCAACCUUGAACAAGUGUGCCUCCAUGAGACUGGAGGUCCAUUUUCAGUGCAAACAGAGUGAAGACUCUGAGGAGGAUGACCUGUGUGCCAUCAGUGACCGCUGGGCAUUCCAGCGAGAGAGUAAGACAUGGUCCCGACUGCGUACACUCUCCCCACACGUCUCCACCACCCUGCACCCUUUGAGGGCCUCUGCCAGUAGUGAGAGCAUCCUGAGUGACUUCAGCAACCUGGAGGUCACCUCCACCCACAGCAGUAGCAGCCUGAGUGUGAAGAGUGACAGAGGUACCACUUCCAGCAACCCCUCCAGUCAGGUCACCAGCACGGCAGAGCCCUACACCCUUACCUCCCACCAUGACUCCCAUGGUUCCCACUCUCCCAAUGGAUCCGCCUGUGAGGACCAGCCUGUGUCUCCAAAAGACCUGCUUACUGUUCCUGUCAGCAGAGAGAAGACCAAGAGGUGUUCCAAUACCUUCCUGAAGAGAAUGGAGUCGUUCAAGAAAAAGGAUAAAGAGAGGGAAGUGACAGAUGGCCAAGCUGUGACCUCUCCACUGCAGUUCCCUCUAACCCCUGGCAGUUUGCAUUGCACUUCCAAUGAAAGCCUACCUGGUUUAAAAAACAACACUACAGAAAAGAGCAGUGUAAAUUACAGCAGAAAAGCUCAUACUAUCUGUCGUACAGGCCGUAGGUCCCCAGUUGUGGACAGAGCUAAUGCGAAGAGCAGUUGGCUCUAUCUAGAGGACUAUGAUAUGGCAGGGUGGAAGGGGGCUAAACAGGUUAUUCAGAAGAGUGGCUAUAAAAAUGGACUGGAUUGUCUGGUUCAUCUGCCAAUGGACCACAAGCCAGGCACGUUCCCCAAGUCCCUAUCCAUCGAGAGCCUGUGCACUACUUCCACCUCUCAUGAGCUGCGUGAAUGGCAGAUGGAGGACGUAAACCUCUCCCUGGGCAGCAGUCACGAGUCCCAGGAAUUCAACAUGUUUCCUAUAAGAAGAAACUCGUGUUCCUCAGUGGGGAGCAUCUAUGACAAUGUAAAUGAGGCUAGUGGCAGUUCAGACGAGUUGAGAGAGAAGGUCUUUGAGCACCUGGAUGAUAUCCUUCAACAUGUCCAUGGCCUUCAGCAGAAUAUAGACCAGUGGUCCAAGAAGGUGUGUCAGGAGCUCAGUGACAAGCAUGAGGAAGAGCAGGACACUGACGAGACCAGAGAAACAACAUUCUCCUCCAGCCUCCAUUUUGAGGAGCAGUCUAUGUCAGAUGUAGGCACGAUGGCCAGUGACUACGACAGCACAGGAAACUCUUUGAAUGAGGUGGAGGAUGUUGAGACAAGAGAACGAAGGGACUCAGGAGUGGGUGCUUCCUUAACCAGGCCAAGCAGGAAGCUACGGUGGCAUAGUUUCCAGAACUCCCACAGGCCGAGCCUGACUUCAGCCUCCCAGGAAAUUAACCGCCAGUCAGCUGCUCAGCUCAACCUUCUGCAAAAGUUCUCUCUGCUCCGGCUCACUGCUAUAAUGGAGAAAUACUGCGAACUCAACAAACAUGGCUGGAGCUGGUCUAUUCCUAAGUUUAUGAAGAGGAGUAAGGUCCCUGACUACAGGGACAAACAGGUUUUUGGUGUUCCACCAAUCAUCAAUGUCCAAAGGAGUGGGCAACCCCUACCCCAGAGCAUCCAGCAGGCCAUGCGCUACCUCCGCAGCCAAUGUCUGGAAAAGGUUGGCAUUUUCCGUAAGUCUGGGGUGAAGUCUCGGAUCCAGACUCUGCGGCAGCUGAAUGAAAAUUCCCCAGACCACGUGAGGUACCAGGGCCAAUCAGCCUACGAUGUGGCCGACCUGCUGAAACAGUACUUCAGAGACCUGCCUGAGCCUGUCCUCACCACCAAGCUCACUGAAACCUUCCUGCAGAUCUACCAAUGUGUCCCGAAGGACAUGCGUCUUCAGGCAGCCCAGGCUGCAGUCAUCCUUCUGCCUGACGAGAACCGGGAGGUACUGCAGACCCUGCUCUACUUCCUCAGUGACAUCGCCUCUGCCGAGGAGAACCAGAUGACAGCUGGGAACCUGGCCGUGUGCCUGGCCCCCUCCAUCCUACACCUCAACAUCUCCAAGAAAGAGGGCACCUCCCCCAGAUUAAUCCACCGAAGGGGGGCAGGGGGAAAACCGGACCACAAGGACCUGAGUGAGAACAUGGCUGCCACUCAAGGACUCAGCCACAUGAUUGUGGAGUGCAAGAAAUUAUUCCAGAUCCCUCAUGAGAUGAUGCUGCAGUCGCGGAACUCCUAUGUCGCAGCAGAUGCCCAGCCACUCCCUCUCCACGGCUUGGGCCUGAACAUGAAGGGCGAGCCUGUGGAUUACAGAGCCUACCUGGAGGAUAAUAUCCAGGCUCUACUGAGGGAGUCCACAGAGAAGAGCAAAGGAUGGCACAGUGCCCUGGGCCCAGAAAACACAGAGCUGACAUACAAGAAGGUAGGGGACGGCCAUCCCAUCCGUCUUUGGAAAGUGACCACCGAGAUCGAGGCCCCGCCCCAGACAGUGUUGCAGAGAGUUCUGCGUGAGCGCCACCUGUGGGAUGAUGACCUGCUCCACAGCCGUGUAAUCGAGGCUCUUGAGAACAACACAGAGGUGUAUCACUAUGUGACAGACAGCAUGGCACCUCAUCCCCGCAGGGACUUCGUAGUGCUUAGGCGGUGGUGUAGUGACCUUCCUCAGGGCCUGUGUCUGCUAGUGUCCUCCUCUGUGGACCAUGACAAUGUGCACCUGGAGGCAGGGCUACGGGCAGUGCUGCUCACCUCACGGGUCCUGAUUGAGCCCUCAGGGAUGGGCCGGUCCAGGCUGACGCAUUACUGCAGAGCAGACGUCAGGGGACGAUCACCUGAGUGGUACAACAAAGUGUUUGGCCAUCUCUGUGCGGUGGAGGUUGCUAGGAUACGGGGCUCCUUCCCUGUGCUGACAGUGAAAGGAACCGAGACAAAGCUUUGAACUUUGAGAUGGACCGUCGGCCCACUUGAGACACGUGCUGCCUACAGCACACACUGACUCAAAUGAAGGGUGCCUAUCUGUAGCAUUAUAUUACAUCUGCCUGAUAAACUCUCCAGUGUCAUCAACAGGGUACUGUCAGGAUGUGGACUCUCACUCAGAUUGCACUGAUGCCCCAUGAGGAGCCACUGAGGGAAUGUCAGCAAUAUUUACAAAUCUAAACCAGCCUAUGCAUUAACUGACCAUAAAACAUUCAAACGUACCUUGAAAGAAAAUAGACCGUUUCUUUAUGCAAAAGCCAUUCUUUUGAAAGCUUUAUGAGUCCCACCGCGACAUUCGUGCAAUUUGGACUUCUUACCCGUUUAACAUCUUGUGUUUGAGCUACAGAUUUCUGGGUUGUACUAUUGGAUUCAUCUAUUUCUUCUGCAUCUGUGUGAUUAACGGGGCUGAGCUAGAGCGGAGUCUGUGAGACUGGUGGAUCCUGAAAUGGCCCGCGGCCGGAUCUUUUCACAAAGUAAGAGAGAGUCCGAAUGGUUUGAGCUACACUAUUAAAAGCUAUCUAUGAAAAGCUGGGAUUUUCACAAAUACACACAUGUAACAUGUUUUACUUUAUGACAGACAAGCUACACAACAGGUGUUAGAAGGUAAGGGGUUCUUCUACAUAGAAGAUCAUAGGAAAUCCCAGGACAUAGUGUCUAUAAAACUGUAAGGGGUUCUUCUACAUAGAAAAUCAUAGGAAAUCCCAGAACAUAGCGUCUAUAAUGCUGUAAUAAGCACACAUAGUUGUUGUCACAAACUCCAAACUCCACAAAGUUGUCACUGACUAGUUGGAUAUUAAUUUCCCACUGAGCAAACCAUUUAUGUGCUUACAGCAUUCAUAUCAAUUCAUUUUUAUCCGGUUUUUGCUUUGGCUUUUAUUUUUUAUUGACUUUUGACAAUAAAACACAUGAAUGCAACUGUUUAUGUCACAUUGUUGCCCUGGUUGCCCUGAAAAUAAAAUGGUUAAACACUUAUUUGUGAAGCUAAAUAUAAGGGCUGGACAUGCAGAUAAAUGAAAGCAAGAUAAAUGAAAAUACAAUUUUUGCUGGUGUCUCGGGACUGAAAGGGUUAAUGCGGACUUAUCAAGACUUAUGGCGAUGAUGCCAAAAUGCCAUGGAAUGUUUUUAGCUGCAACUAGCUUUACACAAUAAGCUAGUACACAAUCAGGAGAGCUCUAUAGAAACCAUUCAUGCUUGUACUGUAUGCUAUGCAAUUUCUUCAUGAUAAAUUUACAGAGCUAAUAUAUUUGACUAUCGUCAUUAGAUGUGUUUCAAACUUGAGAAUGGCACUUUCAAUAGCUAGCCUCAGUGUUGAUAAUGCAAACAUACUUAGAUGUUAGAGAGAAAAGUGUUUGUUACUGAGGCUCCUUAGUGGGUGGUAGUGUGUCUUAAAACACUGUGCAUUUUCAGGCCUUGCUUCAGCCCUACAUUUUCAGUAACUUUUUAUUUUACUCAAGUGUUUAUCAUAAGAGGGGACUCUACUCUGGACUUCCUGUUAUGUCUCUUAUUUUUACUCUUCUCUUUAAAAGACUAACUGGUUAACCUCCUCUCACUCUAAUUUAGCUAUUGCUUAGCUGCUGAGCUAUAGGGAUCAUUCUUCUUCCUCAGAUCUUCAGAAGUUUAGAAAUGGGAACAGAGCCAUUUGUGAAAUAGGCAAAUAUCUGUCCACCAAGCACCAAACUAUAAGAUAUAAGCAUGGGGCGCAAACAUUUGCAUAAUUCACGCUUUGAUGUCCGUUUAAGAUUUAUUCAUGAGUAAUUGCUUGUGUCAGAAUUUGCGAUCACGAUGAGAAGGGACAAGGAUUAUGACACACUCAAAAGUAGACAGACAACCUGAGCUUUAGACAGCGUUUGUGUAGAUUGCUUACUUACUGUGUGUGUCUGCAGUAUUAUUGUAUUUUCUUGUGUCUCAGUAAUCCGUGUUUUAUUUAUGUCUGUAUGAAUGAGUCUUCGUAUGAGUCACAGGAAUGUGACUACCUCUGUCUGUACAGAAUCGAACCAUUGACGUAUUUUUCUGUUGGGCAUUAUAUACAGGAAUGGUUUUUAAUUAGAUCUCAUUUUAAUCUGAGUUAUGCAAUGGGUGGAAGUGCAAUUACUGAAUGCAUGUAACCUUUUUCAGUGUUUUUUUAAUGCCAUAUGCUUUACAUACAAACAUUAAUAGCCCGUACACCUAAAUGGGAUUACUCCCACUGAAUAACUAAUGCAAUGAACAUAAUUUAAACAAUUGUGGGGAAGUAAUAGCCAUAAACACAAGUAUUACAUAUCUGUGAACUACAGGGUAGUUUUGAGUGAAUACUUUUUGUAACAUAACAGGCCAUUGUAUUGUACUCAAUGAAGCAGUUGUAAAUAACUUGCAUUUUAGCCCACAACAAUGUGUUCAUCUUAUUUGUCUCAUCUAUUACGAUUUACUCUUCCUUUACUACCUAUUUGUAUUAUACUACUCUGACUGUAAAAUAGAGUAGAAAAUCAAUAAACAAAUAUUGAAAAACGAA